GCGCGAGCGGCGUGCGCGCUCACGUCGCGGCGACGGCGGUGGCGAGCGUCGUCAGAGCUGGAAGGGGGGGCGGACGGCUGCUGGCGGGUGGCGGCGGUGUUGGAGGCGAGAGCUCGCUUCGCCCUUAUCGCUUGUCUUGGGACUUGGACAGAGAUUGAGGGGGACGAGGGUCCUUCGCGUGGGGGCUCUGUCGUCCGCGUACGCGGGUGGUCGUCAGGAGCGCAGCCCGGAACUCCGCUGUAAAUCCUCCGGCUCCUUUCCCGCACGCCUCGAGGUGGCGGCGGCGGCGGCGGCGGCGGCGGCGGCGGCAACCAGAGAGCGUCUCACCUUCCCUCAGCCCUUCCCCUUGUCCCCCCCCUCCCGAGAGGGCCCGGCCUGCGCCCCACCCCCGCCUGUCCACCCGCCCGCUACGCCGCCGCCAUGUCGGCGCAGGCCCAGAUGCGCGCGAUGCUGGACCAGCUGAUGGGCACCUCCCGGGACGGAGAUACUACUCGUCAACGAAUCAAAUUCAGUGAUGACAGAGUAUGCAAGAGUCACCUUCUCAACUGUUGCCCCCAUGAUGUCCUCUCUGGGACUAGAAUGGAUCUUGGAGAAUGUCUGAAAGUCCAUGACCUGGCUUUAAGAGCAGAUUAUGAAAUUGCAUCCAAAGAACAAGAUUUUUUCUUUGAGCUUGAUGCUAUGGAUCAUCUGCAGUCAUUUAUUGCUGAUUGUGAUAGAAGAACAGAAGUGGCCAAGAAAAGAUUAGCAGAAACUCAAGAAGAGAUUAGUGCUGAAGUGGCAGCAAAGGCAGAACGUGUUCAUGAGUUAAAUGAAGAAAUUGGUAAAUUGUUGGCUAAGGUGGAACAACUAGGAGCUGAAGGAAAUGUGGAAGAAUCUCAAAAAGUAAUGGAUGAAGUAGAGAAAGCACGGGCAAAGAAAAGAGAAGCAGAGGAAGUGUAUCGGAAUUCUAUGCCAGCUUCCAGUUUCCAACAGCAGAAACUUCGAGUCUGUGAAGUCUGCUCUGCUUAUUUAGGUCUUCAUGAUAAUGACAGACGACUGGCUGAUCAUUUUGGGGGUAAACUGCACCUGGGAUUUAUUGAAAUAAGAGAGAAGCUUGAAGAAUUAAAGAGAGUUGUAGCUGAGAAACAGGAGAAAAGAAACCAGGAACGCCUGAAGCGAAGAGAAGAAAGGGAGAGAGAAGAAAGGGAAAAGUUGAGGAGGUCUCGAUCACAUAGCAAGAAUCCCAAAAGAUCCAGGUCCAGAGAGCAUCGCCGACAUCGAUCUCGCUCCAUGUCACGAGAACGGAAGAGGAGAACUCGGUCUAAAUCUCGAGAGAAGCGCCAUCGCCACAGAUCUCGCUCUAGCAGCCGAAGUCGCAGCCGCAGCCACCAGAGAAGUGGGCACAGUUCUAGAGACAGAAGCAGAGAGCGAUCCAGGAGGAGAUCCUCAAAAGAAAGAUUCAGAGACCAAGACUUAGCAUCACGUGACAGAGACAGGAAUUCAAGAGACAGAUCACCUCGUGACAGAGAUCGAAAAGAUAAGAAGCGGUCCUAUGAGAGCGCUAAUGGCAGAUCAGAAGACAGGAGGAGCUCUGAAGAGCGCGAAGCAGGGGAGAUAUAAUUAGCUGUGUACAUAUCCUCAAUCCUUAAGCUUCCUAUGGAGUUACAUACUAUUGUUUAGUUUACAGCUGUUUGGCGGGCACAGGGAGCAGUUCCAGACACCAGUCCAGCUAGGCUAGAUAUACAUUAUCUAACUUGAUCUGAACUGAACUUGCUUUCCUGAUGUAGCCUAAACUACAUCUAGAGUUUCUGGUGAACCUGUAAUACAGUUCUGAAAAUACAGUUUUAUAAAAGACGCAGAGGUCUUUAUUCUUUCAAGUAGGAGUGAUAGUGAAUAAUUCUGUAACUUGCCUUGGGAUUUUUUGAGCAUUUGUAAAAUGCUGUCUUCCUUUCUAGUACAAACUGCAGCUUUUGGAAUUUUCCUUUUUAAUUCUUCUUCCUCUGACUUUUGUAUCCCCCUAAUAUCUCCGACCCUCUAAUUAUAAGAGAAAGGGGGUUAGGGAAGCAAUAUGACUUCUAAGUUUCUGUUCCCAUUAAUUACUAGCUGAUUAUAGCUCAGAGCAUUUAUACUGGAAUGUGGGCUGGAGAAAUUUAAAUAUUGGGAGUUUUGUUUGUUUUAGAGUUGAAAGUUGAACAGCUGUUGCAUUACAUACUUUGCUUUUUUUAUUGACAAUUUGAAAUCAAACAAGUCUUGAUUUUUCUGUUGUAUUGAAUUGCUACAUUUGGGGUGUUUUGAAAAGGGGGAGGGGGCAGGGACUUUUUCAUAAGCACUUCUUGUUUUAUUUUGUAUGUGUGGACUAUAAAGGCUACACCCUUAUUGUAACCAAUAAUAGUAAAAUGAAAGAAACAAUCAACACCAUCAUCAUUAAACUGUAACUUGUCUUAGUAAAUUGUCACUAGAAACUACUACGCUGUGGGUAUUUCUUCUGUUCUAUCAUUAAUAGUGCCUUACUGUGCAAGGCACCAGAGGAAAUCAAAUUACACUUGCGAAGAUUCAAGAUGAACUGUUCCACCUGGGUCCUUGCCGACUAUAUUCCAGCUGUUUCAGGGCUGUCUGUAACAAAUGCUAUCAAGACAGACUGGACCUGCAGAAGAAAUUGGAGUUUUUAUUUGUUUUUGUUUGUAUUUCUUCUCAUUCAGCAAACUGAAAUAAAAACAUGGUAUAACUAA